GAAGGGUCUCUUUCCGCCAUUGACAGUGGCGAGCUAGCGAGCGAGGAAAUAGAGGAGCAAUCGUGCUGCGUGCGACUCUCUCCUCAAUUAAACAAAAACAGUUAAUUGUAUCGUCUGGGAAAUUCUCUCUUCAGUCUUAUCCCGGGUACAUGUCUCGACAGUGAGCGAGAAGAGGGGGCCCUGAAGCAGGUCGUGUUCUUGGUUCAGCCAAAAAGGAUCCCCGCUUCUUGGCCACAGGGAAACAUGUGCCAUGGGAUGGUGGCGCCUGAGCUCAGAGCCUUCGUCUCCAUGCCUCUUCUGUUUCUCCUGGUGUUCCUCUCCGUGGCACAGGCCUCAGGAUGCCCCAGGCCGUCCAGUGUCCAGCACGGCUGGGUGAAUCUGACAGAGACGAACCAGGGCUCCUUCCUGCCAGGGACGCUGCUGCGGUACAGCUGUGAGCCAGGCUAUACUGUCGAUGGGCCCAGCGACAUCACCUGCACCUCCUCGGGCCACUGGUACCCCUCCCCACCUCACUGCAUACACGCUGACGUGUGCCGACCUCCCUAUGAACCAGAGAACGGGGGCUACACCUGUCACCCAUCCCCCUGCCGCCGGCUAACCCAUGGUACCGUCAUUGAGUACUUUUGUGACGAGGGCUACGCAUUAAAGGGGGACUACAAAUACCUCACCUGUGAGAAUGGGGAGUGGGACUCUGCCAUGCAGGUCAGCUGCCACCUGAGCCAAGGAAAGCAGCAGCACUCACCCUUGGGCAUGCCUGCCCUCUCCAUCGUGGCCUCCACUGCUAGCUCAGUGGCCCUCAUCCUCCUUCUCAUCGUCCUCUUUGUCCUGCUGCAGCCCAAACUCAAGUCCUUCCAUCACAGCCGGCGAGAGCAGGGCAUGGCGGGCCCAUCCAUGUCCAUCGUGGUGGAGGGGGUGCAAGUGUCGCUGCCGUCCUAUGAGGAGGCGGUGUAUGGCAGUGGGGGCACCUCUCUGCCACCACCUGAGCCGCGGACACAGGGCGUGCAGAUCGUGCUGUCGGAGGGCCCACAGACGGAAAGCGGGGUGUCGUCAGGAGGGGUGCGGGCUGAGUGCAGUGCCCCCUCCUCCUCCUCCUGCCAGUCAGAAACAGUGCUGGUUCACUCAGCGCCCUCAGCCUCCUCGUCGUGGCCGAGAGAGGAGCCUCGCACUGCCGCCCCUCGACCCCAGCGGCGCGACUCAGAGAGCAGUGACCAGCACAGUCUACUCUCCCUUACCUCCACUGAGGAGUUUGCUGAUGAUAUUCCAUUGCUAAAGGAGGCCUGAUACCCCCUCAGCCAAGACAGUGGAGCCUGAAGCCUCCCUCUGAGUCCCCCAACAGCCUGCAGCCAGGCCACACUGACUCCUGUCAUACACAGACACUCCCCACACGCACACUGCACGGACGCACAAUCAUUGCAUUCACACAUGGAUACUCACACAGACACUGACACAUAGAUGCACAUCACUUGCGGACACAUACACCAUUUGAUCUGUAUUCUCCAUCUCAGUCAAAGUAAAAAACCUUUUCUCUGCUUACACAUUCUCACACACUUUCACACAAACACACACAGUAUGUGGCCCCAGCUGUCCUCUGCCCAGAUGCCUUGCCCAGAGAAAGAAGCUCACAGCACCCAGGCAUCAAAUGGUUUCACAUCAGCUCCGUACUGUUCACAUAUAUCCAUGGUUUAGAUUUUUUUACAGACUCUUACCUACACCCUUUAAGGUAACUCUUACCUAGCAUCUGAAAGGGGAGGAAAUUGUGCACACAAUCUAUCAGGCAUAAAAGAUUAAAAUUAAGAAAAAAAAACAAAAGGUUGAACACUUAUAUAGACAUCAUUUUGUUUUUCUCUCCUGGGCUUAAGAGCAGUAACUUUCUCACCAUUAUUGAAUGGAGGUAUCUUGAAAGGGGGUUGCUGAUCAGUUAGGCUCACCUCUCUGGUUGCAGGUUGUCUGCAUAUUUACUGAAGCGCGCACAUGGUGUGCACAGCAGUGCACUCUGAACGAUGCAUGAACGCUGUGCUGUGAUGCCAGGCCACCUUUCAAAAAAUGCAACCACAGGUCUUAUGCAGCUAACACCUUUACACUGUACCUUUUUCAUCCAGGAAAGGCCCAUAUGUCUGCUGUAAAUUUCCCAUGUUACUAGUUGUGCCACGCCUCCUGUCAUUUUGUAUGUUUUUUUUUUUUCUUUUUUUGUCUGCUCUCCUGGAAACAGAAUCCUUGCCUGUUUUUGGUGGUGGUGUCACAACGUGCCUCAAACUGUUAUUGAUGAGGGCUUUGCUACUUAACAAACACCAGAAAAUAUAGCACCUUCCGGGCUGUCAUUUUGCAUUUUAAGACAAGGGAUGUGCUCACGACAUGGAAGGAGAUGGUUUCUCACUGAACUCAGCACUGUUCUGUGGUUGGUUUCUGUCUCAGGCAGGUGUCUGUCUGAUGUGACAAAAAGGAAGAUGCCUUGAGGGAGGGGUAUGCGGGGGGGGGUACGUACGCCCCCAAAGACUGUUCCCCAAAAGAGGGGAAGAUCUUAGUGUGUAUUCUAUUGAUGUGUUUAUGAUCCUCAAACCCCACUAUCUGUUAUGUCAUGGGAAAGUGGUGGUGACACAGGGAGCUACAGCACGAGCUCAGACGUACAUCCCUCCCUCUGGUCCACUUGUGCAGGCAAGUCUUAAGAGGAAAAUAACUAUGCUCUCUUGAAAGUUUUAUUGUUUGAAUUUGUACCAUAUAUGUGCUAAGUGUGUUCCUUGCUUCGACUACAUGUGGCUUAGUGCAAGCCAUUUGGAGAUGGGCGUUUGUUGUUUUCCAAGCAGAGUUUUGGUUGAUCACGAGUGCUUUAGUUGCUCAGGCUUAGGCAACGCUGUUUGGAUCUGUCCCUCAUUUUUUUUCUUCCCCAUAUCACUUUCUAGACUCUUUCAAAGACAUGACAUUGCCUUAAGACCUGUACUUUUUUGUACCCAUGAAAUCACAUCUACAUUUCAGCUGUUGGCGUGAAUGCUCUUCCAAGAGUAAGACACACUGUCUCGUGGGCUGGCCUGUUCUCUGCUCUGCGUUAGGAAGUGUGCUUAUUUUCUCAAAAUUACAAAUGAAGCACAAAAUGACAACCCCUCUUAUUAUGUUUGACUGCCUCUUGAGAACCAAGCCUGAGCACCUGGAGUGUUUCUUUUGAUAAUUUGUCAUUUCUUUAUGUCAUUUCAGUGUUAGAAUGAUAUUUAAGUUAUGAUUAAGGAGGGAAAAAACACAAACCAACUGUACAUCUAGAGGGCUGCCUCCUGAUGAAGACCAUAAAAAAUGUAUGUAUAAAAAUGUUAAGUCCACUUAUCUCCAAUUUAAAAUUUCUGUUAUGAAGACUAUGGUCAUGGUACUCCUAAAAUGAAGUGGGCUGAAAAUUUGUUUGGACAAAAUUGGAAGGAAACAAAA